AUGCCCGUGAUGUCACAGCUCUUCAGGGGCUUUCCUCGAUCGAAGGUCUUGUCCUCCAGUCUGUUACCAUGCCAACACCGCCGACCCCACUUGGCGUCCUCUGCACAGCGACGCGCCUCGAAGCAUCCGUCCCACACGAGUCACGCUCCUUCAAGAUGUUACCAGACCACCUCAGCACUCCACAGCUACAUCCUCACUCCACCACAAGUCAACUCCAUCCUCAAAGCUAACGAAUACACCUUCAAGGUUCCAGAGUUCGAUGGCAAGAACCUGUCAUCUGUGAUGGGCUUCGACAGCAAUCAGCUGCCAGCAAACGCUCCUAUAGAAGACCGCCGCAGUGCUGCAACAUGCCUGCAGACAAGAGGAAUGCUGUUGGGCGUGUUCGACGGCCAUGCCGGAUGCGCUUGUGCGCAGGCUCUCAGCGAGAGGCUCUUCUACUACAUCGCGGUGUCCCUGCUACCGCACGACACUCUGUGCGAGUUAGAGGCGGCGGUGGAGGCGGGCCGGCCGCUCAGUCCCAUUCUGCAGUGGCAGAAGCAUCCCAACGACUACUUCAGCAGGGAGGCUCAGACGCUCUACUUCAACAGCCUCCGCACAUACUGGCAGGAGCUCAUCGAUCUCACCAACCCAGGUGACGUCCCUGACACCAGCGAGGCUCUGAUGAACGCCUUCAAGAGGCUGGACAAUGACAUUUCUCUGGAGGCUCAGGUCGGAGACCCAAAUGCUUUCCUGCACUACUGGGUUCUGAGAGUGGCCUUCUCUGGAGCAACGGCCUGCGUGGCUCACAUCGAUGGAGCAGACUUGUAUAUAGCCAACGCAGGAGACGCUCGUGCUGUGCUAGGGGUUCAGGAGGAGGACGGUUCCUUUACCGCUCACACUCUCUCUAAUGACCAUUGUGCCCAGAACGAGGAUGAGGUCGCUCGGAUCCGGGGAGAACACCCACCCUCGGAGAGGAAGACCGUUAUACGGCAGGACCGCUUGCUGGGCCUGCUCAUGCCUUUCCGAGCGUUCGGUGACGUGAAAUUCAAGUGGAGCAUCGAACUGCAGAAGCGAGUGCUGGAAUCGGGACCCGAUCAGCUCCAUGAAAAUGAGCACACCAAGUUUAUACCGCCAAACUACCACACACCACCUUACCUGACGGCCGAACCCGAGAUCACUUACCACCGGCUCAGACCGCAGGAUCGCUUCUUGGUGAUCGGUUCCGACGGCCUGUGGGAGACGCUGCACAGACAGGAAGUGGUCCGCAUCGUCGGCGAGUACUUGACCGGCGUUCACCAGCAUCAGCCGCUGACGGUGGGCGGCUUCCGCGUCACCCUUGGACAGAUGCAGGGGCUGCUGGAGGAGCGCAAGGCCCGUGUGUCGUCGGCCUUCGAGGACCAGAACGCCGCCACCCACCUGAUGCGCCACGCCGUGGGGAACAAUGAGUUUGGCACGGUGGACCACGAGAGGCUCUCCAAGAUGCUGUCGCUGCCCGAGGAGCUGGCCCGCAUGUACCGUGAUGACAUUACCAUCAUCGUCUCUCAGUUUAACCCUCAUGUAAUCGGCGCGCGGCAGCAGGAAGCGUAA